AAACUGCUUUCCUAGAUACCCCUUGGUUAUAGACUCUGUUCGCCUUUGGUCUUCUCCCUCUGUCUGCCACCUUUUGAGCCCAAUCCCGCCAAUCGCCGCUGCCGCUGCCGCUGCCGUUGCCGCCACUUUGUCCGACGUCUAGACUACCUUGCCUCCGCAAUUAACUCCACCAACUUACCUUCUACCACCGCUUCUACCACCGCUGCAAGAACCUCCGCUCCCUCACACUCCGAGCCGAUGCUAUCACCAUAACCACAUCCGCCUUUACGGCUUGCGCCAGCUCUCUUAAACACACCCCCUCAUUUCCGAUCUCCGAUCUCGCCAUGGAGGACCAGCCUGGUACUGCCGCUGCUCUGGAUCCUUUCCCAGACCUCAUGAACGACCCCGCAUAUGCGACAAAUACGAAGGCCCAAGACAAGAAUGCAGAGGAGGCCGACACAUGUCGGAUAUGCCGCGGCGAAGGGACCCCCGAUGAGCCCUUGUUCUAUCCUUGCAAGUGCAGUGGCAGCAUCAAGUUUGUCCACCAGGAGUGCCUGAUGGAGUGGCUGUCGCACUCUCAGAAGAAGCACUGCGAGCUAUGCAAGACACCCUUCCGCUUCACCAAGCUCUACCAUCCGCACAUGCCGCGCCGCCUUCCCACCACCAUCUUCUUCCGCCGAGCCAUUAUCCACAUCUUCACAUACUUCAUAUCAUGCUGUCGUGCGCUGCUAGUCGGCACAGUAUGGCUUCUUUGCCUGCCGUGGUGCAUGCGGGUUACUUGGCGAAGCUUGUUCUGGGUUGGAGACGGUGGAUGGACUCGCGAUUUGUACGACGACCCACCUGCAAGAGUUCACCCACCUGUGGUGCCCUCUGCAACGCCCUGGACUGGAGACGCUAUAGAAUCUAUACGGUCAACCAUCGCAUCGGCUCGAGCCGCUAAUUCUACCAUAUCAUUUGGAGGUCUCCCGGCCUUCCUGACCCCUUUCUCCCAGACCUUGAACAUGAGCUCGGGAGAACCCUCGGCGUGGAAAUUCGUUAAGAAGUAUGUUUUGGGGGUUUACACUGCCUCCAAUGGUUCAUCUGCAGCUGGCACGAACAACCUCACGCCGAACGCUACGAUUGAAAGUACACUUGGAAACAGAAACCCGUCACUCCUUUCCGACGUCGCAUUCUUUGAAUGGUUCAACUCACCAACGCUCAAUCGGUUUGUUCUCGACGUACUGGAAGGACAGAUAAUCACGCUACUGGUUGUCAUUGCCUUCAUCCUUAUUUUUCUCAUACGAGAGUGGGUUGUACAGCAACAGCCUGUCAUCAAUAUGGCUGCCAUGGAUGCAAAUCACGCAGGGCAGGUUGCGGAAGUGCAGCAAGAAGAGAUGGAGCCUGCUGCAGUUGUAGAUCUAACUGGAUUGGGGCCUGCUGAAGCUGUAGAUCUGACAGGACCAGAGCAGGACGACAUUGAAGUGGACGAAGAGCAAGCUGCUAGAGAUGAAAUCGAUAGACUGGGAGUGGAGCGUCAAGCCUUAAUGGAUGAAAAUGCUAGGCUGAGGACAGAGCGUCACGCUAGAGAUGCGGCGCGACUUACAGCACAGCUGCGACAUAACCGGCCUGGGCCAGCAACGCCCGUCAACUCUAGGCGAUCCUCGUCGGCUAGAAGGACGCGCGACGCUGAUUGGGGUUCGUGGCAGACCAGUGAAGAGCUUCCCGAGCCUAUACGACAUGCUUUGCGAACAGGCACUCCUGCGGAGGUCGCUUUUUUGGUUGAGAGCUUGCCACAAGAGGAGGCUACUAGGGUACGCAAGACCCUUGUCAAAUUAUCGAAAGAGAUGCACAGUGAUGAUCUAGUAUCAUCAGACGAAGAGUCGCGAAGCUCGAGGAAGAGGAAGCGUGGUUCUAGGGCAGACCGUACCUCAGUUUCAACUCAGGCCGGAGAAUUUGCUAUCGUGGAGGCUGCUGGCACACCUGCGUUGAGAGAGGGCCCGGCCAGGUCUCCUGAGGUGGUGCAGCCUGACAUUUCCGAAGCAUCGAGCUCUCAACAACGGCCAAACAUGCCAGCAAGAGACCGCUCAUUUCUUGCUACGGAGAUCCGUCGGAGCUUGGAAGAAGGCGAAACAUGGAAUCCGCUAUCUCCAGAUCCCACAGAGUCUCCGAGCGUUAUUGAACAUAAUGAAGAAGCUCAGAACACAGACGACGUUUCGCUUCCAGGACUGAGUAAGGAGGAUGGCGAAGCCUUGAACACACAGCCUCAUUUCCACGUAUCACAAUCGGACUCCGAACCAGAAGAGCACGAGAGCGAUCACAGCAGCGAAAGCUGGCAACAAGUAGCUGCCCCUACUAAUCAAGGCUCUUCAAAAGGCAAGGAGAAGAUCACUGAGCCAGAAGCUGGCGGCCAAUCAACACUGGGAUCAUCUCCUACAGAGUCAUCUGUGCAUGUUACCCCCGCAGCAUCCGAGAGUGGUAGUCUUGAGGUGAACAUUACCGACGAGGCUGCAGAUCCAUCAGACACUGCCGCAGACAUUGAGUCGCUUGAUCUCUCAGAUUCUUCAGUAUCUGAUCUGGUAUUCCCCGACUACGACGAUAGCGAGGCAGUGGGACCACCCAUUGUUGCUGGACCCGAGCCUCCAAGGGAAGCUGUACCUCGUCAGCCUAGCUUGAUGGAACGUAUCAUGGACUGGCUAUGGGGAGAUGUCGCGCCGGCUACACCUCCAACUACAGAAGACGCCGGUAACGACGAGCAUGUGGUGCAGAACCUAGCAGAUGAAGCCCCUUUCGUGCCCUUCGCAGGCCAAGUAGCUGCCGCUCACCGGGAGCAAGGGAACGCUCAAAGACAGGACCCAGAGGUAGCUGCUGCCGCCGCUCAAGCUGGCAUUGAUCUUAAUGACCAAGACGCAAUUGACGACGCCGAAGACCUAGAAGGUAUUCUAGAACUGAUUGGGAUGCAAGGGCCAUUGACAGGGCUUUUUCAGAACGCGAUCUUCAGCGCUAUGCUCAUUUCCGCGACACUAGCCCUGGCUGUCUGGGUCCCAUAUCUUUGGGGCAAGUUCGUGCUCGUUGUCAUGGGAAGUCCGAUAGUCAUUUUUGUCAAGUUCCCGCUCCAAGGUAUUGCCAUAGGUGCGGAUCUUAUUGUGGAUGCAGCGUUGUGCGUUGGUGCCGGUGUUGUCUACUGGAGCGUACAGCUCAUCCGCUGGAUGCUCGUACCUCUCACCCUGGGUCUGCUCUCCAACAUUCUUAAUAAGCCGGCCGACUUCAUCGCGAAGCCUGCACGGGCGGUAGCUGAAAAUGCUAUGGACCGCAUCGCCAAAGCUUUCGUAGAGACGAGUACAAUCUCCGGUCCGGACUUCUUUGCGUUGUCCACGAACUCGCAUAUCGCCUUGCGGACCAUCCAAAACACGACAUCUGAGGCCUUGAACACCACUGGUAAUGCGAUUGUCCUCCUCUAUAAGAAUGUUGCAUCUGCCAGUUCAAACGGCGCAGUACUCGACAUGCUUCGUCAAGUCCCUCCAACGGUAUUUCUUGCCACAUCCGCUGCUCUCAACAAAGCCCAGGACGUUGCCUUGUUCUUAUGGACGUCCAAAUCCUACAAGAUCACUUUCAAUAUCGGCAAGAAUGUUACUUCAACCUAUGCUGCGAUAGAGCAAUGGACAGCCACCGACCGCCUGAUUGCCGUCUUGGCUGGUUACAUGUUCUUUGCCGUAGCUGGUGCCCUUUAUCUGAAGAAGAGCACCCCAUUCAGCUCCUCGCAACAAGGGCGAAAGGUUGAAGGGGUCGUAGCUGAUGUUCUACAACAGGCUGGUGGUGUCUUAAAAGUCAUCUUGAUUAUUAGUAUCGAGAUGAUAGCAUUUCCGUUGUACUGUGGCCUGCUGUUGGACGCCGCUAUGCUACCGCUUUUCGAGAACGCGACCGUGUGGUCACGAUACCAGUUCACGAUGAAGUCGCCCUGGACAUCCGGAUUCGUGCAUUGGUUUGUGGGCACCUGCUAUAUGUUCCACUUUGCAUUAUUCGUCUCCAUGUGUCGAAAGAUCAUGAGAACUGGCGUCCUAUACUUCAUCCGCGACCCCGACGAUCCUACUUUCCAUCCGGUUCGCGACGUACUGGAGAGAAGCGUUACUACGCAGCUCCGCAAGAUUGCGUUCAGUGCCUUGGUGUAUGGCGCUUUGGUCAUCAUAUGCCUAGGCGGUGUGGUCUGGGGGCUCAACUACACGUCUACUGGCGUCCUUCCCAUCCACUGGUCAUCGCACACUCCUGCGCUAGAGUUCCCACUGGACCUGCUCUUCUACAAUUUCCUCACGCCGUUGGUCCUGAAGCUCGCUAAGCCCAGCGAUGGCCUCCAUGCGACAUACCAAUGGUGGUUCCGCACUUGCGCCCGCCUCCUUCGACUGUCUGAUUUCCUGUUCGCCGAAAAGAAUGCGGACGAACUAGGACACCACGUCCACCGAACUUGGAAAAGCCAGUUCUUUAGGUCCAAGGGUGACGUGAGAAAGCCCAUUGUUAGAGACGACCCCAACCUUCCUGCGGAAGAUCGAGACAGAGACGUAUACUUCCUCUUCGACGGCAAGUACGUGCGUGCUCCCGCCUCCGACCAAGUCCGCAUCCCUAAAGGAGACCCCGUAUUCGUCGAAGUCGACCAAUCCAACCACCGCCUCGACGGCAAGCCCGAAGAAAGCGGCGUGCACGCCCGCCACUCCGACAUGAUCACCAUGGUCUACGUGCCGCCCUGGUUCCGCGUGCGCAUCGCCCUCUUCGUGCUCACCAUUUGGCUCUUCGCGGCUGCCACCGGCGUCGGCAUCACCAUCCUCCCCCUCCUCUUCGGCCGCUAUCUCUUCUCCCUCUUCAUCCCCCACUCCGUCCGCAUGAACGACAUCUACGCCUUCUCCCUGGGCAUCUACACCCUCGGGGGCCUCCUCUACGCAGCGCUGCACAUCCGCCCGCUGCUCGCGCACCUCCACCAACCCCUCCGCUCCCCCUUAUCCACUAUCCGCACUCUUGUUGUCACAGCCUCCCACUUCGCUUGGAGAGUCGCCCGCAUUACCUAUGUCUACGCUUCCCUGGUGCUACUCCUGCCAAUCCUCUUCGCCCUCUUGCUGGAACUCUACAUCCUCAUCCCCCUCCACGCUUACCUCGGGCCUCACGAGCCCCACGUCGUCCACCUCAUCCAGGACUGGACCCUCGGCUUCCUGUACGCGCGUCUCGCGGCUCGCCUACUCUUCGCGAACCGCCAAUCGCGCCCGGCCCGCGCUUUCGCCGCUGUCGUGCGGAACGGGUACGGUGAUCCCGACGCAAGACUCGCGACUAGGUGUUUCAUCGUCCCGGUGCUGGUUGGGUUCGGCAUCGCGAUUGCGGUGCCGAGUGCGUUGGCGUGGGGGCUGAAUCGCACGGUGUGGGCGGGCGGGAGUGAGGAGGUUAAGCGAUUGGUGUGGCGAUUCUGUUAUCCGGUUGUUGCAGGAGCGGGAGGAGGGGUUUGGGGCGCGAGGGUGUGUGUGCGGUGGGUCAGGAGGUGGAGGGGUGUAGUAAGGGAUGAGGUGUAUCUAAUUGGGGAGAGGUUGCAUAAUUUUGGAGAGAGGAGGGGGGGUGCUGUGAGUUCGGCGGCUUGAUUGAUAGGAAGUAAUACCUAGGUUAGGAUUGGAACGGGUGAGAGGGGUUGUGGGUAUGGAUAUCCCCGAUGGCGAAAGGUAGUUUUGGUGCACCACGGUGCUGCAUUGGUGGCUCUUUGUUCUUUUUCUUGGGUUUUUGCAAUGGGGAUUGGAAGGGAUGGGGUAUUACGUAGGUAGUUGAAAUAGAUUGGCCUAUGGCUAGUUCUCCUUUC